GGUAGAGAAAGUAUGCAAUGUUCCUAUAUGAUGCAGCUCCAACCCCCAUCAUACUUCAACUGGGGUAUUCGUGACUACGAGGAUACGACAGACAAACGUGUCCUACCCCCUGCCAUUCAAGUCUGCCCCUCCCUAACCCUCUGCCCUGAGGCCUGAGCUCUGGGCGUCCAUGCCCACACCCCCAUCUUACUGCGCUGGUGGACAGACACAGGGAUGAGCAACAGUGGGACCAAGGAGCCGUCACCACAGCCAGGCGUGGCCCAAUCACCUGCCUCUACACCUCCACGCAGGGGCCGGGGACGCCCACGGAAACAACAGGAGGAGCCCACUGGCCCCCCAACUCCAAAGAGGCCGAGAGGACGACCCAGAGGAAGCAAGAACAAAGGCCCUCGUGCCACACCCAAGGAAGUAGAGCCUGUCGGGGAGAGAAGACCAAGGGGCCGGCCUAGGAAAUGGCCUCAGAGAGUAGUUCAAGAAGUUGUCCAGGAACAGCAGGGUCCUUCAGAAGAAACCGAGGAGGGCCCCUCACAGUCACAGUCUUUACGCACUGAGGCUUCACCAUCUCACUCUCCAGCCCAGGAAGAGUCAGAGGGGGAAUAGACAAUGUGCCACAGUACUACCUCAAGGUUUGGGCAGAGACAAAGAGGUGUAUACUCUUAGAAAAAAGGGUUCCAAAAGGGUUCUUUGGCUGUCCCAUAGGAGAACCCUUUUGGUUCCAGG